AUGGUUCCCCGUGGCUUCUUGGGGCACAAGACUUCCCCACCGCCGGCAUCCACGGUUCACCAGCCACUUUGUGCUUGCCGUCGACACGCCAUCCACCCGGCCAGCUCCGCCCACGCUCGAAAAUUCAAAAAGAGCCAGCCGACAACUUGGUUUCCCAAAGACCGUCUUCCCGAUGCGCAAAUCAGACCAAAGCAUAUAGCGAUUCCGCCCAUCACAGACUGCGGUCCACCUUUAUGCCAUUCCCACCCGAUCUCGAGUUCCAUCUGUCUUCCUGGCCUUGGCGACCGCUCCCCCACAGCAGGCCACGCCAGUCCGCCGAGGGAGGCUCAGGCACGAGCACGAGAGAGAACCCCUUCGGUCCCGACCUUGACCACGACCACGUCGACAUUUCCAGUCCCCGUCCGGCGUAUGCCUCGCGCGUCAAAUUCAGCAAAGCGACAGCAGGGUGCCAACAACCAGCGCGACACGAGACAUGAAGGUGGCCUUGUAGGCCCGGGCAAGCGCAUUCCCAAGCAGCAAAAGAGUCACCAGCAGCUCGCCGCCCUCGAUCAACGUCCUACUGCUGCUGUCGUCGAUAAUGCUGCCCCCGCAGCCGUCCCCCAAGCCAAUAACAACAAUAAUAUCACGACAGCUGCCAAUGCUUUCCCCGCCCUGCCCGACGACAACAACAACACCAUGGCCGCCGAGUCUCAGCGCCGCGGCUCCCUGGGCGGCGCCUACUCCGAGUCAGAGUCCGCCGAGUCGCUCGCCUUCCCGCCCCUCCAGUCCGCCCACGAGGAGAACCACCGUCAGAUCAACGUGAACGACGCCAAAAACACAAACGUUCACCGUGACCCCGGUCCCGUCGAAUAUGCCCUGACCGUACUCAAGUCCUGCCCGAUCUACGAUACCAUCGCCAUCCUCAUCAUCCUGAUGCAGUUGUCUCCGGCUUUCCUCGCCAUUGUCUACAUGCUCUUCACCCUCUUGACCUUUGUCCCUCCCGUUACUACUAGUUCCGGGUUGACCAUUGCCGAUAUCUUCGAUGGGAACCAGGGCACACCCUCGCUCACCACGCUGGUCUGUAUGGACGUGGCUGUGUUGGGUAUAUGGCUGUUCCUAUGGGCUCCCAUGCAGCAGUUCAUAUUGGAUUUAGCCCAGGUUGUCAUAUCCCUUACCCUCGGAGGAGGCGGAAGCUCAAGGACUAGCACGUCAAACAGCAUCUUCCUCUGCGUCGCCAUCAUUGGGGCUUCCCAAUGGACGAGACAGGCUAGGUGGAAUGGUCUCUCCCAUUUGAGUACCCUCUUUGGCACGAAUCGCUUCUUUCCGACCAGUCAUGGUGGUCCUAUCGAACAUACCGUACGAGCUUUCGAGAAAAAGGGUCCGUAUGGCUGGGGACUGGUACGGUACAUUCGGGAGUGGGAAAGACGAGAUUUGCAGUCACAAAGUCAACUGGAUCCGGAGGCCGGCAAGACGGUCUCGUUUUCGGACAGCUGCUCCGACGCGGCGCUGAUGGCAGCCGAUAGCGACGCCCAUCUGCAAACAAGUGCGGGUACUAAGAGACGAAAGCAGAGCGCUCAACCUCUGUGGGCCGCCCUGGCUAGUACAAAAAUUGUUAUGUAUGAGCUUUCCCAUGCGGCUUCCGAAUCAGCUGGUAGCAACGCUACGGAUAUCCACAACUUGGGGAACGCGCCGUUUAAUACACAGCCGGAACAGAUUUGGAUUUGUUACAUUGGCAGCGACGAAUUCUGCUUCAACACGAACUUUCCUGACGACGAAACCGCAGGAACCCCUGGCCCCUUUUAUGUCAGAGUUAACAACGCGAAAUGGCAACCGACACGCAUCAUUCCUAUCGAAGGCACCGAAGAAGACAAGCACCAAGGCACCCGCGACAUCUAUGGACUUACCCCCUUAUCCAACUAUGCAUGCGAAUUUGUUAGCACUCGAACCGACCAGGCCAAUGCUAAGAGUAGGGAUCCCGAGGCACCCGCAAAGGCAGCACCUAACAACCAGCGCGUUAAUAACGUUCGCCACGACUCUCCGGUUACUACCCUGAGGGCUUCGAUUGCGGCUGCCGAGAUCAAGCUGGCUGACGAGAAGGCCCGACUCAAGGCUGCGCGCAAGGAAAACAACCGUAGAGUGAACGCUGCCAAAAAGGAGGUUGAGAAACUCACGGCAGCUGUCCAGUCCGCGGGAGGUGAUGACGAUAAGCUCAAGCAGAAGGUGGCCCAGAACAAGAUCCAGGAGAAGCGAGCCGAGGAGUCCAUCGCGCAGCUGGAAGCCGAACUAAAGGAACUCGAAGCCAUUCCCGAGGAGCUCCUUGCAGAAUACCGUUCCAAACAGAGCACUUGGAAGUGCGAGAAGGCUCGCUACGAGGAAGCCCGCUCCGCAUUCAAGAGCUUCAACGCCACGCUCGAGUCCGAACUCAAAGUCCUCAAAGACGAGCAAACCAGCCUGCAAGCCAAGCAAAAGAAGGUCGAAUCCCGCAUCAACAAGGUCAAGGAAGAGCACAAGCGCAUUACGGAUGCCAAUGCUCAGGGCCUUGGUGAAGCUGAACGCCGGCGUCAGAACCGCGCCACGCUUGAAGCGGACAUUGCCACGGCCGAGAGGCAUCUCACUGAUCGCAUCAAUUCUGUCAGAAGCAUGAACAUGGCGAAGCAGGCACAGAUCAGCGACAUGAGCAACCAGAUUCACGCGUACCUGUCGAGUGUGCAGGAGGAUAUGGCGUACGGCCAUGCGGCGGCAGUUGCUGGCGGUCAGUACCCGCAAGCAAGUAAUGCUAGCACUGGCUGGGGAAUGCCUCCCGUUGGUGCUACCGCCGCUGCAGCAGCUGUCAAUAGCACUUUUGCCAACGCACCGGCUCAGACUCUCUGGCCCGCAGCCACUGCCGCAGCAUCUGGUUCUUCGUCUCUAGGCCCCCAGACUGGUCCAGCAGCCCUUCUUCCGCCGCCGCCGAUCGGAGGACCGUUCAGCAACCCCCUCCAGCAGCAACAGCAGUCUCAGCAAGCGGCUAUCGGCACCCCGGCUCAGCAACGCAAGGCACGAGACAGAUCCUCGUCGAUGCUUAGUGACAUCUCAGGAUUCACUGAGUCAACGGAUGAGGAUGAGCGCGAGAGACUCGAACGCGAAAGACUUGCAAUAAGCUACGGUCAGAACCAUCAGCAUCAGCACAGCAACGCGAACACCAUCUUCGGCACCCCGGGUUCGAUGCGCGGAGCACCGCCCGGUUUCGGCUUCCCGACCAGACAGCAGCGACUCGCCGGCAACAACGGUACCUUCGGUCCCAUCGGCGGUGGUUCGAGCUCAGGCUUCAACGGAUUUACCAGUGGUACUGCCCUGGGAUCCGGCUCCGGCUCCGGCUCGGGUACCGGGUCUGCCGUUGUCUCUGUCGGCUCUGUCGGCUCGGGAUUUGCUUCAGGAGGUUCAGCGUCGGGUUCCGGUGUUGACUCGGGUCGUAGCAGCGUCAGGUCCGCCGGAGACAGUGCUGGUAGUGGUAGUGCUGAGGGGAGCUCGAAAGAUCCUGGUAGCCCUAGUGAUCGUUGAGCUAUCCUCUGCUCCGCUUAGCCUGUGUCUACUCUAGACUCUGACGUCUGUUUCGCCUCCCUGUUUGUUCGUUCUGCUUGUGCUUGUUUGAGUGUUGUCUGCUGGUCUGUUUAGGCCAGUGCUUCGUUCCGUCGUUUGUGUGUCAUUGAUGGAUGUUGGCUGCCGGGAUAGUUGCUAAAGCUAGUGCGCUUGACCGCUUGAGUGUUCGUGUCUGAGCUCAUAUCGGCAAUGCGGUGUCAAUGGAUGGAUGUCUAUAGAUGUACCUGAAGGGGUGCCGCUUGUUGGUCGUGGAAGCUUGAUGUGGCUUGUCGUGGAUGCUCGUCGUGGAUGUGUGGGCGUGCUUGUCUCGCUGGCUGAUGUGUUGACGGCAGUCGAGUUGGGAAAAGGUGUACCUAGCGUAGUAUGAUAAUCCGAGCGGACCAGUCCUUGUUUCUUUUUCUCUCCA